AUGUUUGGAACACUUUUAGAAAGGCCAAGAAUUAAACCAAUCAUUGAACCGUGUUAUCAUAAAUUACUCGAAAGUUUACACAAUGAAUUGGAUCGAUGUAAACAGAUAUUAGAUCGAAAUGUUGAUAAUCCAAAAUUGUUGAAACAUUCUCUAUCGAAAGCAUUCCCUCCAGCUGCUGGAGCUAUAUCUUGGUCUACUCUCCUGUUGAGACGUAUAAAUUCUAUUAUGGAUCCAAUAGAACUAAUGGAAUAUCCUUUUCGAAAUAAACAUUUAGAAGAAUUUUGUCAAUCAGCUCCAGAGAAAUGUAAUAUCAAUUUAAAAUUACCCUUAUUACGUCGUGAUCCAAAUAAUUCACUGCUAAUCGAGGUUAACUUUGAUAAUCAAUUAGUUGAAGUCUUACGAGAAGUUCACUACUUUCUAAUGCUUAGCGGUGAAUCGAAAUGUGGCGAAAUAUCCCCUGAAAGUAUCGUUUACGAAUUACCCGAAAAGUUAAAAAGCCGUCUACCUCAUUCAACAUUAGAAAUGUAUGAAAAAACUGAAUCUCUGCGGGAAUCUAGGCUUAAGUUAGCUCAAAUACAAUAUGCUUAUAAUUCAAUUAAACAACAGACAACACCGGUUGAAUAUGCUUUAAUCUCAGAUGAAGUGGACACAUUCAAUGAAACAUUGUCACCAGCAUUGAGCACAAUGACAUGGGAGAAUGUGAAUACAGAAUUUAUUGAUAACUCCUUGAAUAUAAUUAGUGCACUUCAAUCAAGAGUGAUAGAAGCAGAGGAGAAUUUCAAAAAUAUUGAACAGCUAAUGUCACAAUGGCGUAAAAUACCCCUAUUUCAAGGAAAAGAACGUAAAUACGAUUGUUAUCUCCCCUUGGAAGAUCGUAUUACUAUAAGAAAUGCUAGAUUUAAAGAAGUUGAUGUGGUUGGUAAGAAAAUACAUGAAUUAAUUAAGCGAAAUCAAGAAUUAUACCGUGCAAAUCCAUCAAGUCCUGAUUGGAAUGCAUAUUUGGAAUCAGCUGAAUAUGUCAUUAUUGAAGGCUUGAUUGAUACAGUCUGUUGUAGCCUGAUGUAUUUAUCAACGCAUACAGAAAAAAUGAAAGUGGAAUUACCAAUUAUGGAGACAAAAUUAGAUUUAGCAGUUGAUCGUCUUGCCUAUUCCCCUGAUGUACAAGAAUCACAGGUUGUAAAUCUUCUAGAAAUAUUCAACAAUUUAAUACAAGACAUCACUGACCAAUCACGUUUAAUCUCAUCGUUAAUUAAUCCUCAGGAUAUAACUCCGACUGUAAGCAAUUCACCAACACCGACAACAAGUCAACCAGGAGGUCAGGUGGAAGGUGGACUACCAUCACAAACAAUGGAAACAGUGAAUGAAACAGCUCCUUCUGAAACUGUACCACCGUUAGCAACAGAACCUUCUGAAGUACCGGAAACAGCAGUGGAAUCAGAACCACAAGCAUCAGCGCCACCAAUUUCAGAGGAGAAAUUAACGGUUCAAGAAUCUGAAGUUGAACAAAAAGUAAAACACAAAACAUCACUGCCAGGACAAGAUGCAACUGAUAUGGAUUCCUAUGAAAAAGUCAAGUCACUCACAGGAUUCUCUCAACAAGUUCUGUUGACACCAGAAGUUACUGAUCUCAUAAAAACAAUCACUGAUCAUAUACGAUCAGCUAUGUACGCUGCAAUGGAUUAUCAACAACAACUGGAGAGUAAUUAUUCCUUUUAUUGGACUGAAGAUCGUACAGAAUUUAUUAAACAAUUUUGUCGUUAUGGUCGUCUAUUAACUAAAGAUGAUAUCGGUCCCACAGGGGAAAUUGAAGCGCAUGAAAAUCCGCCAACGCUAGAUCAAUUUCGUGAACAAAUUAUUAAAUAUGAUCGUGUUUUUGAAGAAGUUGAACGGAUAGAUGAUUCAAAAUUAUUUGAUUCAUGGUUAAAGGCUAAUUUGAAACCAUUUAAACAAUCCCUAUUAUCAGUGAUUAGACAAUGGAGUGAUAAAUUUAAACAAUAUCUUCUUAGUCAUGUUACAACUACUCUUGAGAAUUUACAACAAUUUGUUAAGAAUAGUCAAGCAGAUUUAGAAAUUCCUACAACUGAUAUCGAAUCAGUGGAAUAUAACAAAUUAGUCACAAUACUAGAGCGCUUAAAGUUAAUACGUGAAGCUGAAGAGGCAACAGAUGCUGGUUUUGAACCAUUAAGAGAGACUGUAGCUUUAUUAAAAGAAUUUGGUGAAGAAUUACCUGAGUCAAUGAAUAAAUUAUUAGAAGUAAGUUCUUCAUUUUUUCGAAAUAAACAUUUAGAAGAAUUUUGUCAAUCAGCUCCAGAGAAAUGUAAUAUCAAUUUAAAAUUACCCUUAUUACGUCGUGAUCCAAAUAAUUCACUGCUAAUCGAGGUUAACUUUGAUAAUCAAUUAGUUGAAGUCUUACGAGAAGUUCACUACUUUCUAAUGCUUAGCGGUGAAUCGAAAUGUGGCGAAAUAUCCCCUGAAAGUAUCGUUUACGAAUUACCCGAAAAGUUAAAAAGCCGUCUACCUCAUUCAACAUUAGAAAUGUAUGAAAAAACUGAAUCUCUGCGGGAAUCUAGGCUUAAGUUAGCUCAAAUACAAUAUGCUUAUAAUUCAAUUAAACAACAGACAACACCGGUUGAAUAUGCUUUAAUCUCAGAUGAAGUGGACACAUUCAAUGAAACAUUGUCACCAGCAUUGAGCACAAUGACAUGGGAGAAUGUGAAUACAGAAUUUAUUGAUAACUCCUUGAAUAUAAUUAGUGCACUUCAAUCAAGAGUGAUAGAAGCAGAGGAGAAUUUCAAAAAUAUUGAACAGCUAAUGUCACAAUGGCGUAAAAUACCCCUAUUUCAAGGAAAAGAACGUAAAUACGAUUGUUAUCUCCCCUUGGAAGAUCGUAUUACUAUAAGAAAUGCUAGAUUUAAAGAAGUUGAUGUGGUUGGUAAGAAAAUACAUGAAUUAAUUAAGCGAAAUCAAGAAUUAUACCGUGCAAAUCCAUCAAGUCCUGAUUGGAAUGCAUAUUUGGAAUCAGCUGAAUAUGUCAUUAUUGAAGGCUUGAUUGAUACAGUCUGUUGUAGCCUGAUGUAUUUAUCAACGCAUACAGAAAAAAUGAAAGUGGAAUUACCAAUUAUGGAGACAAAAUUAGAUUUAGCAGUUGAUCGUCUUGCCUAUUCCCCUGAUGUACAAGAAUCACAGGUUGUAAAUCUUCUAGAAAUAUUCAACAAUUUAAUACAAGACAUCACUGACCAAUCACGUUUAAUCUCAUCGUUAAUUAAUCCUCAGGAUAUAACUCCGACUGUAAGCAAUUCACCAACACCGACAACAAGUCAACCAGGAGGUCAGGUGGAAGGUGGACUACCAUCACAAACAAUGGAAACAGUGAAUGAAACAGCUCCUUCUGAAACUGUACCACCGUUGGCGACAGAACCUUCUGAAGUACCAGAAACAGCAGUGGAAUCAGAACCACAAGCAUCAGCGCCACCAAUUUCAGAGGAGAAAUUAACGGUUCAAGAAUCUGAAGUUGAACAAAAAGUAAAACACAAAACAUCACUGCCAGGACAAGAUGCAACUGAUAUGGAUUCCUAUGAAAAAGUCAAGUCACUCACAGGAUUCUCUCAACAAGUUCUGUUGACACCAGAAGUUACUGAUCUCAUAAAAACAAUCACUGAUCAUAUACGAUCAGCUAUGUACGCUGCAAUGGAUUAUCAACAACAACUGGAGAGUAAUUAUUCCUUUUAUUGGACUGAAGAUCGUACAGAAUUUAUUAAACAAUUUUGUCGUUAUGGUCGUCUAUUAACUAAAGAUGAUAUCGGUCCCACAGGGGAAAUUGAAGCGCAUGAAAAUCCGCCAACGCUAGAUCAAUUUCGUGAACAAAUUAUUAAAUAUGAUCGUGUUUUUGAAGAAGUUGAACGGAUAGAUGAUUCAAAAUUAUUUGAUUCAUGGUUAAAGGCUAAUUUGAAACCAUUUAAACAAUCCCUAUUAUCAGUGAUUAGACAAUGGAGUGAUAAAUUUAAACAAUAUCUUCUUAGUCAUGUUACAACUACUCUUGAGAAUUUACAACAAUUUGUUAAGAAUAGUCAAGCAGAUUUAGAAAUUCCUACAACUGAUAUCGAAUCAGUGGAAUAUAACAAAUUAGUCACAAUACUAGAGCGCUUAAAGUUAAUACGUGAAGCUGAAGAGGCAACAGAUGCUGGUUUUGAACCAUUAAGAGAGACUGUAGCUUUAUUAAAAGAAUUUGGUGAAGAAUUACCUGAGUCAAUGAAUAAAUUAUUAGAAAAUCUUCCAGAUGAAUGGAAUGAUUUAAAGAAUACAGCCAUCAUAACUAAACAAAAAGUUCAACCAUUACAAGAGAAUGAAGUGCAAAAUAUACGUGCACAAUCUGCUCAUUAUGAUUAUGAAUCAGCUAUGCUCAAGCAGAAUUUCGAUUCCUCUGAUGUAUUCGAUUUUAACUGUUUAACAGCAUAUACAGAUUUAGAUGAAUGGAAUCAAAAACUAUUGAAACUUGAACAAGGUGUUGGUGAAAUGCAAAUCUCAGCUAAAUCAUUUGAAGUACGUGAUGUACCAGCUUAUUUAGAUAUGAAAACAAUGCGACGUGGAAUGAAGACAACUAAACGUGUCUGGGAUUAUAUUAACAUGUUUAGAAGUUAUGUAACCAAUUGGAAAACAUCACGAUGGAAAGAAAUUGAUUUUGGUACUAUUGAUGAAGUCAUCCGUGAAAUUUCAAUGGAAAUACGUACAAUGGAUAAAGAAGUUCGUCAAUGGCCAAUGUUUCAAGGUUUAGAGGCUGAAUUAAAAGAUAUUAAUGCAUCAGUAACAGCUGUAAGAGAUCUACAAAAUCCUGCAGUCAAGUCUCGUCAUUGGACAGAAUUAAUGCAAGAAACUGGUCGUCUAAUAGAAAUCACUGAUACAACAACCCUAGCUGAUCUACUAUCAUUAAAUUUGCAUAAAUUCGAAGAAGAAGUACGCGCUAUUGUAUCAAAAUCAUUGAAUGAACAAAAAAUUGAACGUGAUCUUGACAAGAUUGAACAAGUAUGGAGUGAAAUGAAAUUUGAAUAUGAUACACACGAUAGAACAGGUUUGAGUUUACCAAAACAAACAGAUUAUUUAACUACAACCCUUGAAGAAAUACAAGUUAAAGUAUUAGAUAUGUUAGGCAAUCGAGAUAAUGCCUAUUAUAUUGAUAAAAUUAAUUAUUGGCAUAAAACUCUAUCCCUUACUGACCAGGUACUCGCUAUCUGGUUUGAAACACAACGUGUAUGGUCUGGUUUAGAGUCAAUAUUUGUUCUAUGUGAUGAUAUCAAAGCGAAAUUGCCGAAAGAUACAGAAUUAUUUAUGUCACUGGAUAAAGAUUUUCGUGUUCUAAUCGAUGAGAUACAAAGUAAACCAAAAGUGUUAGAUGCUACAACUACACGACUAGAAUUACUCACUGAUAUCCAAAAGGUACGAGAUGGUCUGGCGAUUUGUGAAAAGGCUUUAGCUGAUUAUCUAGAGACAAAACGUCUAGCCUUUCCAAGAUUUUAUUUUGUCUCACAGAAUGAUGUGACUGAUAUUGUUAGCAAUGGAAAAGUCCCGCUGAAAGUGAUACGUCAUUUAUCAAAAUUAUUUGAUAGUAUUUGUAGUCUAACAUUUGCCAAUCCUGAAGCUACAAUUAAACAUGCUACGCAUAUGAUUGCUAAAGAUAGUGAAGUAGUGAAAUUCACAAAAUCAUUUGAUUUGCAAGGUCAAGUUGAAGAAUGGUUAAAUAAACUGUUAGAUGAAAUGCGCAACACUCUGCGUCACAUUCUUGCAGAUGCAGUCAGUGCUUAUGAAGAGAAACCAAGAGAUCAAUGGAUAUUUGACUAUCCGGCGCAGAUAGCUUUAACCGGUUCACAAAUCGGUUGGAAUAGUGAAGUGUUGAUUGCAUUUGCUCGACUAGAAGAAGGCUUAGAGAAUGCAAUGAAAGAGUAUAAUAGAAAACAAAUUGCCCAACUGAGUACAUUAAUACAAAUGCUAUUAAUUGAUCUGUCAGCUGGUGAUCGACAAAAAAUUAUGACUUUAUGCACUAUUGAUGUACAUAAUCGUGAUGUUGUCGGAAAGUUGAUAUCACAAAAAGUUGAAAGUUCACUAGCUUUCACAUGGUUAUCCCAGUUGAGACAUAGAUGGGAUGAUAAAUCACACGAUUGUUUUGCUAAUAUCUGUGAUGCACAAUUUCGUUAUGCUUAUGAAUAUUUAGGCAAUACACCAAGGCUGGUCAUUACACCGUUAACUGAUCGAUGUUAUAUCACACUGACACAAUCACUGCAUUUAUGUAUGAGUGGUGCACCUGCUGGACCAGCUGGCACAGGGAAAACAGAGACAACAAAAGAUUUAGGCCGUGCACUAGGCAUUAUGGUCUAUGUGUUCAAUUGUUCUGAACAAAUGGAUUACAAGUCAAUUGGUAAUAUUUACAAGGGAUUAGCACAGACUGGUGCAUGGGGAUGUUUUGAUGAAUUCAAUCGGAUAGCAGUGGAAGUUUUAUCUGUUGUCGCUGUACAAGUGAAAUGUAUUCAAGAUGCAAUCCGGUUGAAGAAGGAGAAAUUCAAUUUUCUUGGUGAAGUAAUACCACUUGAUCCAGCUGUUGGUCUUUUCAUUACAAUGAAUCCAGGUUAUGCUGGUCGAACAGAACUGCCUGAGAAUUUAAAGGCAUUGUUUAGACCAUGUGCUAUGGUAGUGCCAGAUUUUGAAUUGAUUUGUGAAAUUAUGCUUGUAGCUCAAGGAUUUCUAGAGGCAACUAUAUUGGCGCGUAAAUUUAUUACACUAUAUGAAUUAUGCAAAGAAUUACUUUCGAAACAAGAUCAUUAUGAUUGGGGUUUAAGAGCUAUUAAAUCAGUGUUGGUUGUAGCUGGUGCAUUGAAACGUGGUAAUCCUGAACACACUGAAGAUUCCGUGUUAAUGCGUGCUCUACGAGAUUUCAACAUACCUAAAUUAGUCACUGAAGAUAUGGCUGUAUUUUUAGGUCUUAUAUCUGACCUGUUUCCAAAUUUAGAUGCAUCGCGUAAACGUGAUUUAAAUUUUGAAGCAAAUGUAAAAGCAGCUACUGAAGAUUUAGGCUUACAACCAGAGGAUUCAUUUAUCUUGAAGGUUGUUCAAUUACAAGAACUUUUUGAAGUUAGACAUUCUGUAUUUAUUGUUGGCAAUGCUGGAACGGGUAAAUCACAAGUAUGGAAAACACUUAGGCAUACAUUUAAACUGCAAAAACAGAAACCUGUCGCUAUUGAUUUAGACCCAAAAGCAGUAACAAAUGAUGAGUUAUUCGGUGUUAUCAAUCCAGCAACACGUGAAUGGAAAGAUGGUUUAUUUUCUGUUAUAAUGAGAGAUUUAGCCAAUAUGACAGGGAAAGAUCCAAAAUGGAUUGUACUUGACGGAGAUAUUGAUCCAAUGUGGAUUGAAUCAUUGAAUACUGUUAUGGAUGAUAAUAAGGUGUUAACAUUAGCCAGUAAUGAGCGUAUCCCGUUAACGGAUAGUAUGAGAUUACUAUUUGAAAUUAGUCAUUUGAAGACAGCUACACCAGCGACUGUAUCACGUGCUGGUAUCCUAUACAUUAAUCCAGGAGAUUUAGGCUGGACACCAUUUGUACACAGUUGGUUAGAUGAUCGAGUGAAAAUGAAGAAAACUCUAUCGAUUAGUGAAAGACCUGCACUGUCAAUCUGUUUUGACAAGUAUGUUUCACCAUGCCUUGAAAUUGUUCGUUAUCGAAUGAAACGUAUUACACCGAUACCUGAUUUAGCUCAUAUUCAAAUGUUAUGCUAUCUACUUGAAUGUAUAUUGGAUAUACAAAGUAAAUCAAAAGAUACACGUGAAUUUACUAAAGAAAAUUAUGAAAUGUUAUUUGUCUUCUGUUGUGUUUGGUCAUUUGGUGGAUGUUUAUUUAAAGAUCAAUUGUGUGAUUAUCGUGUUGAAUUUUCAAAAUGGUGGCUGAAUGAAUUUAAACAAGUGAAAUUUCCAUCCGGUGGUACUAUAUUCGACUUUUUUUGGAGUUUAACAACACGAAAAUUUGAAAGUUGGUCAACACGUUUAACAAAAUGUGAACUAGAUCCAGAUAUACCAUUACAAGCUGCUUUAGUUCCCACAGUGGAAGUUGUCCGAUUACGUUUCUUCUUAGAUCUACUCAUUGAAGCUGGACAUCCUGUUAUGUUGGUUGGUUCAGCUGGAACUGGGAAAUCUGUUAUCCUACAGGAUAAAUUUUCAAGUUUAUCUGAAGAAUAUCUUGUGAAGAGUAUACCAUUCAAUUUUUAUACAACAAGUUUAAUGUUACAAGAAGUGUUGGAUAAAAGUUUAGAGAAAAAAGCUGGUAUGAAUUAUGGUCCACCAGGACAGCAUAGACUCCUCUAUUUCAUUGAUGAUUUAAAUAUGCCAGAGGUUGAUCAAUAUUUCACAGUUCAACCACAUACACUUAUUCGUCAACAUAUAGAUCAUAAACAUUUUUAUGAUAGACAAAAGUUAACCCUAAAAAAAGUGAGUAAAACUCAAUAUGUAGCUGCUAUGAAUCCAACAGCUGGUAGUUUUACAAUCACAUCACGACUGCAGCGUCAUUUUUCAGUAUUUGCUCUGAGUUUUCCUGAUGAGAAUGCUGUGAAAACAAUCUAUUCAACGAUAUUAAAGCAACAUUAUAUACGGAAUAGUUUUCCAUCCGCAGUAAUACGUGCAGUUGAUAGUCUAGUUGAAGCCUGUAUGAUUGCACAUGAUAAAAUAUCAGCUGUAUUCUUGCCAACAGCUAUUCGUUUUCAUUAUUUAUUUAAUUUACGUGAUUUAACGAAUAUAUUUCAGUGUCUUCUGUUUGCUCAACCUGAUGUCUUCCCGACUGUAAUCUCUGUUAUCCGACAAUAUCGUCAUGAAGCGAUCCGUGUUUACACUGACAAAAUGAUUGAUAUGAAUGAUGUUGAAACAGCUUUGAAACAUAUCACAUUUGGUAUUACUAAUCAAUUCCCUGAUAUAUCAAUUCAUCAGAUAACAAGUGAACCUCUCCUGUAUUGUAGUUUCAAUAAAGGUUUAUCCGCUGAACGACAAUACGGGCCUGUAUCCUCCCUGGAAGAAAUUAGUGAUAUUGUUGUUAAUGCAUUGAACAAUUACAAUGAUACAUUUGCUGUUAUGAAUUUAGUAUUAUUUAGUGAUGCUGUGAUACAUGUGUUAAGAAUUUGUCGAAUAUUAGAAAUGCCGAGGGGUAGUGCUUUACUCAUUGGAAUCGGUGGUUCUGGUAAACAGUCGCUAUCACGUUUAGCUGCAUUUAUCUCAGGAUUUUAUUUAUCACAAAUAGUUUUGCGUAAGGGCUACUCACAGAAUGAUUUAAGAGCACAUCUAGCCCAAUUGUAUAUUAAAGCAUCAUUGAAGAACAUGCCUUAUGUAUUUUUAAUGACUGAUGCACAGGUUGCAGAUGAACGCUUUCUCGUCUAUGUGAAUGAUUUCUUAGCCUCAGGUGAAAUACCAAAUCUUUUUCAAGAUGAAGAUUUUGAUCAGAUUAUACAAGGUAUUCGAUCAGAAGUUAAAGCAAUGGGAAUUAUUGAUACAAAUGAAAAUUGUUGGAAAUACUUUAUAGAUAAGACACGAAAAAUGUUACGAGUUAUUUUAUGCUUCUCUCCGGUUGGUGAUAAACUUCGUCUAAGAGCAAGACGUUUCCCAGCCCUGGUUAAUUGUACAUGUAUUGAUUGGUUCCAUGAAUGGCCACAAGAAGCCUUACUGUCUGUUUCAGAAAGAUUCUUAGAAGAUUGUCCAGGUUUAUCAGAUGAAGUACGCAAAUCUGUUAGCCAAUACAUGGCAUACGCUCAUACAACAGUCAAUGAAUUAAGUCAACAAUACCUCCAGAAAGAACGACGUCAUAACUAUACAACACCAAAAUCAUUUCUAGAACAAAUUAGUCUAUACAAACGUAUGGUUGGUGCACAGAUCGAUGAGUUACAACACAAGAUUGAACGUUUAGUCAAUGGUUUAGAACGACUAAAAAGUGCUGGUGAACAAACUAGUGAAUUAAAAGUUCAACUGGCUGAACAAGAAAUUAUUGUCAAUGAAAAAACUGAAAAUGCCAAUAAACUAAUUAUUGUUGUUGGUAAAGAAACUGAAAAGGUGACAGCUGAAAAAGAAAUUGCCGCUGAAGAAGAAGCAAAAGUCAGUGUUAUUAAAGCAGAAGUUGAAGUGAAACAACAAGAGUGUGAAAAUGAUCUGCGUAAAGCAGAACCAGCAUUGAUUGCCGCCCAAGAAGCCUUGAAUACACUGAAUAAAAAUAACUUGUCUGAAUUGAAGGCAUUGACUAGUCCACCACCAGAUGUUGUGACUGUUUGUUCCGCUGUCAUGUGUUUAUUCGCCAUGGAUGGUCGACUGCCAAAGGAUAGAAGUUGGAAAGCUGCUAAAGCUGGUAUCAUGUCUAAAGCGGAUCAAUUUUUAAGUAAUCUCUUAAAUUACGACAAGGAGAAUAUGUCAGCGAAUAGUAAGGCUGCAGCUUCAGAGUAUGUUAAAAUGCCAAAUUUUGAUCCUGAUGUAAUUCGGACUAAAUCGUUGGCUGCUGCUGGUCUCUGUUCAUGGGUAAUCAAUAUCCUGAAAUUUCAUGAUGUCUACUGUGAAGUAAAACCGAAACGUGAUGCCUUGGAUGCAGCCAACGAAGAAUUACGUCAAGCUACGGAGAAACUUGAAGGUUUACAAAAGAAAAUCGCUGUGCUUGAAGCAUCGUUAGCUGAGUUAACAGCCAACUUCCGUGAGGCUACUGAAGAAAAGUUACGCUGUCAACAAGAAGCUGAUUUUACGGCUAAAACAUUAGAUUUAGCCAAUCGAUUGGUGAAUGGUUUUGCCUCAGAAAAUAUAAGAUGGGCAAAUCAAGUUGAAGAAUUAAAGGUACUCGGUGAGACAGUUGUCGGAGAUGUUUUAAUAACAACAAGUUUUAUCUCUUAUUUUGGUUAUUUAAGUCGAACAUUUCGUCAACAGCUGUUGAAUGUUAAAUUGUGGCCAUUUCUGAAAAGUCUCCAGGUACCAAUACCUGUACGUAAUGGAAUAGAUCCUUUAGAUAUGCUGAUUGAUGAUGCAAUCAUUGCAACAUGGAAUAAUCAAUCUUUACCAGAGGAUCGUAUGUCUAUUGAAAAUGCUACAAUAUUUACAUUUUGUGAACGUUGGCCAUUGUGUGUUGAUCCCCAGUUACAAGCGAUUAAAUGGAUCAAGGUUAAAUAUGGCAAUGAAUUAGUCGUUACACGGCUUGGCGCUAAAAAUUGUUUAGAACAAAUUGAAUUAGCUAUUACAGAUGGACGUGUUGUAUUAAUUGAAAAUAUCGGUGAGACUAUUGAUCCUAUUCUAGAUCCUGUAAUUGGACGGCAGACAAUUAAAAAAGGUCGAUUUAUCCUACUGGGUGAUAAAGAAAUCCCAUACAAUGCUAAUUUCCGUUUAAUUCUACAAACAAAACUAGCCAAUCCACAUUAUCAACCAGAAUUACAAGCACAAGCCACACUGAUCAACUUCACAGUAACACGUGAUGGUUUAGAAGAUCAAUUGUUAGCAACAGUUGUGAGUAAAGAACGUCCAGAUUUAGAAAAGUUAAAAUCUAAUCUAACAAAACAACAAAAUGAAUUUAAGAUCACAUUGAAACAACUUGAGGAUUCUCUACUGGCCAAGUUAUCUUCAUCCGAUGGGAAUUUUCUUGGUGAUCAUUCUUUGGUUGAAAAUUUAGAGACAAAUAAAAAGACAGCUAAAGAUAUUGAAGAAAAAGUGAAAGAAUCGAAGAUAACCGAGAAAGAGAUCAAUAUUGCUCGUGAACACUAUCGACCAGCUGCUCAACGUGCUGCUCUGAUCUAUUUUGUUAUGAAUGAUUUAUGCCAGAUACAUCCAAUGUAUCAAUUCUCAUUGAAAGCCUUCCGUACUGUCUUUGAAUUGUCGAUUGAGACUGCAGAACAAUCAGAUAAUGAUAAAGAACGCUUAUUAUUCCUCUUAGAUAAUAUCACAUAUUCAAUAUUUAUUUAUACAACUCGCGGUUUAUUUGAACGCGAUAAAUUAGUCUUCACUGUCUUAAUGGUGUUACAAAUUCAGUAUACAUCCAAAGAAAUACCACCAAUUCUAAUGGAUUUUCUGCUGAGAUAUCCCGUCGUUACAGAUGUACAAAGUCCUGUUGACUUUUUAAAUGACUUGAAUUGGGGUGGUGUACAAACUCUAGUGAAAAUGAAUAAUUUUCGUGACUUGGACAAAGAUAUUAUCGCUUCAGCAAAACGUUGGAAAGAAACACUUGAACGUUGUACAAAAGAAGCAGAAUUCAAACCGAUUUUAUUUGCUCUAUGUUAUUUUCAUGCCGUGGUUACCGAACGUAGUAAAUUUGGUUCACAAGGUUGGAAUCGUACAUAUCCAUUCAAUGUUGGAGAUUUGUGUAUUUGUUUAGAUGUGUUAUAUAAUUAUUUAGAAGCAAAUAAUAAAGUACCAUGGGAAGAUUUGAGAUAUUUAUUUGGUGAAAUUAUGUAUGGUGGGCAUAUAACUGAUGAUUGGGAUAGACGAUUAUGUAGAACAUUUUUACAAGAAUAUUUACAACCUGAUUUAGUUGAUGGUGAUCUCUAUCUAUCGCCUGGAUUUCUUGUCCCACCAAAUUCAGACUAUGCUGGUUAUCAUGCCUAUAUUGAUAAGUAUUUACCGCCUGAAUCGCCUUACCUAUACGGUUUACAUCCAAAUGCAGAGAUUGAAUUUUUAACGAAAUCAGCUGAACGUGUAUUCCGUGUUGUCCUUGAACUGCAACCACGUGACAGUGGAACGGAUGUCAGUGAUGCACCAAGUCGUGAAGAAACAUUGAAUAGUCUUAUAGAAGAUUUACUAGAUCGUCUAUCGGAUGGAUUUCCUAUGAAUGAAUUGUAUGCUAGACAAGCACCAGAGGAGCGUGGUCCAUACACUGUAGUUGUAUUACAAGAAUGUGAACGAAUGAAUAUUUUAAUUAAUGAAAUCCGUCGAUCACUUCGUGAAUUACGUUUGGGUUUACGUGGAGAGUUGACAAUCUCUGGUGCAAUGGAUUCACUGAUGAAUGCAUUAUUUUUAGAUCAGGUACCAUCAACCUGGGAACGUUAUGCCUAUCCUAGUCUCUAUCCACUUGGAUUAUGGUUUGCUGAUUUGUCAAAUCGAUGUAAAGAAUUAGAUAUAUGGGCACAAGAUUUAGGCCUGCCAGGCUCUGUAUGGCUUGGUGGUUUGUUUAAUCCACAAUCAUUUUUAACGGCUGUUAUGCAACAGACAGCAAGAAAAAUGGAAUGGCCAUUGGACAAAAUUUGUAUCAGUGUUGAAGUUACAAAAAAGACAAAAGAAGAAAUGGGUUCGGCACCAAGAGAAGGUGCCUAUGUGCAUGGAUUAUUUAUUGAAGGUGCUAGAUGGGAUACAAGUGCUAAUUCAAUUGUUGAUGCUAGAAUCAAAGAACUGGCACCAGCAAUGCCUGUUAUCCUGCUUAGAGCUGUACCAUCGGAUAGACAAGAAGGUCGAAUAGCAGCUAUGUAUGCUUGUCCUGUGUAUAAGACGAAGACAAGAGGACCAACAUUUGUAUGGACAUUUCAUUUACGUACAAAAGAGAAACCGGCUAAAUGGAUUAUGGGUGGUGUUGCACUACUUUUACAAGUAUAA